GUAGCCGAGCUGCAUCAGUCGCUUUGCAACGCUCGUCGAUGACGCCCGCCUUCUGUUGUUGAUCUUCUUGUAUCGAGUAGAGAGAAUUUGUUACGCAACAACAAGCCCCAGUCAAAGACAGGUUGGAGAAAAACCCAGAAAUACCCCAAAUUUUUGAUUGAAACACAACUCAGCAGCGGUCUUAUCUUCAAUCGCGGACCUCAGGCACUGGAUGCGUCGCAGCUUGUCGAUCAAGAAAUAAGCCAAAAGAGGAACAACAUUUUUCUCAAUCUCGACAGGAACUGAUCCUACUCCGAGCCGUGAUCCAUCAGUUCAAGACUUGGCCCAUCAUUCAACAAGAGAAAAGGAAAAUUCAAGAGGAGCCAAACAUGUCGUUGACGAGAAUGAUACUGCUACCAGUUGUGCUGAUGGUAAUGACUAGUUGUUUGCUGACUUCUGGCAUUCCCCGAUUGACGAGCAACGCCAUGCUGUGGAAACGCCUGGGUCUCAAUCGAGGCAUUGGCAACGAACGGCCGCAAAUCACGUCCAGCAAGAAGAAGGGCGAGUCGACCGUGUACUUUAUCAAACUGCCGCCACAACCGCACUACUAUUCCCCUUUCAAUCUUCUGCCAACAUCCAACGACCAGAAAAAUACGCCGGAACCUUUCGAAACGGUGUCGGUCGACUUCACGGCCAACGGUAAACCGGAGAAUGUUUAUCACUGGAAUCUUCCGCUGAGUUUGACUCAUCCCACGACGACGACCACGACGACAACCACAACGACGCCACAUCCGCCGACGUCGACGCAUUCGCCAUUGAACUACAAGAAACCCUACCGCCAUAAUUACUACAACAACGGCAAACCCCACAAGUUGUAUUUCGUCAAACCUUCUUAUCGCGCCCCGGCGACCACCGUGCCCACCGCCAUUAACCCGACCACCACUACAGAGACGCCGCCAUCUUCGUCCACCAUCGGUUUCUACAAGAAACUUCAAUUCAAAAAGAAUUUCAAAGGCAACGGCAAACCGAAUCAGCUCUACUUCGUCCAACCCGCCCAUUUCAGUUUCUGAAAAAUCCAUCAAAAUAAUCUGUUGGCUUUUCUGUUUUAUUUUUUGAACUCUGCUGCUGCUGUUGUUAUUUUGUUUUGUGUUAACUUUAUUAUCUAGCAUGCCAUUAGCGAAGAAAAAACAAAACAUAGUAAUAAUAAAAAUGCGCGCGCGCAAACUGCGUAUAGCUCCAAGGUUUCUAACCAUUUCGUCGGCUUCCAAAUGUGCAUCAUUAUUAAAUUAAACGACCAUACAAAAAUGAGAAGAAAAACCCCAAACUAAAAAAUCGUAUUUUCUUCGUUCGCUUCUAUAUCUUCCCUAGCUCUUUUUUCUCCGACAUUUCCACUGGAUUUUUUGUUUUGUUUCCGUGUACAUAAAUGGUGGAAUACGCUUGUUAUUUUUCGUUAUAAAAUAAAAUUCAAAAAAAAAAAGUUAAUUUAAAAUAA